GGGCCCCAGAUUCUGGGGGCUCGGCCCUGUUCGGAUGGAGAUCAGCUGUUGGCUGCUGGGAGGCAGGAAGUGAUGCAGGAAAAUGUCUCUAAUGUAGCUGCGCUCAAUGACUAGAAGGGGAAGCACAAAGAAAUAGGCAGCGUUACUCCGAGUUUCUCUUUUCUCACACUGAACUCGACUCUAAAUGGACUCGAAGACAAACUCCGACUCUCGGCGUUUUCGCGUAUUUUUUCCCUAAAACAGAAAAACAACCAACUUUGGUGUUAAAGUUUUCUUUCGCCUGCUGUCCCCGCUAGUUAGCUAGCUCUCUACGAGUUUUUGCUCCACUUCGGGGUUCCGACCAACUUAUUUAACUUCUUUGUUUCUUUUUUUAAUCAUCUUUUUCGGAAUGAUGUACAUUGAAAACACUCAACACGUAAUUUUCCGGGAAGCGUUGCUGAUGUCAAGGUCACAAUGAUGGAGCAGAUUUGAAAGACGAUGCCCUCUGAAAGACUUUAUGGUUUUUAGGUUGGACAGUUGAAGCUUUUGGCAGAUCUGGGAAAGGCCUGAGGGUAUGUUGAGGCACCUCGUCCGGCUAGAGAAGAGGUGUCUGGGCGGUUCGGACGGGGACUGACGUCGAGGAGGACAGAGACGAGAGAAAUGGGCCAGUGUGUCACCAAGUGUAAGAACCCGACGUCGUCUCUGGGCAGCAAGAGCGGAGACAAGGACAACACGUCCAAGUCCCACAAGCGGGUCGACAGCGCCAGCGGCGGCGUGCACAAAGACGACUGCAGUGCCCCCUCUGGCAAAUCCACCAGCGAGCUGCUGAAUGGCACCAAGGCCUUAGAGGUUACCAUGGAGACGCCCGUCAUCUCCUCUGCCAUGAGGGAGCCGUGCAGGGAGGACGGCGACGGGCUGUCCAUGGCGCGCAUCGGCGAGCUGUUCGCGUGCUACAAGGACGAGCUGGAGGACGCCAUCUUGGAGGAGGGCAUGGAGCGGUUCUGCAACGACCUCUGCGUCGACCCGGCCGAGUUCCGGGUUCUGGUUCUGGCCUGGAAGUUUCAGGCAGCCACCAUGUGCAAGUUUACACGGAAGGAGUUUGUGGAGGGCUGUAAGGCCAUCGGGGCGGACAGCAUCGAGGGCAUCUGCUCCCGCUUCCCCUUCCUGCUGCUGGAGGCGCAGGGCGAGGAGAGCUUCAAGGACCUGUACCGCUUCACCUUCCAGUUCGGCCUGGAUGCCGACGAGGGCCAGCGCUCGCUGCAGCGCGACAUCGCCAUCGCCCUGUGGCGCCUCGUCUUCACGCAGGACAUGCCGCCCGUCCUGGAGCGCUGGCUGGACUUCCUGGCCGAGAACCCGUCGGGCGUGCGCGGCAUCUCCAGAGACACGUGGAACAUGUUCCUGAACUUCACGCAGGCCAUCGGGUCGGACCUGAGCAACUACAGCGAGGACGAGGCCUGGCCCAGCCUCUUCGACACCUUCGUGGAGUGGGAGCUGGAGCGCCGGAAACGAGAGGAGGAGGCGGCGCUGACGAAGGACGAGGAGACAGACUGUCCCGCCUCAGACGGGCUGGACGCCGAGGGGGGCCGUGGCGCACAGACGUGGGGGGGCCACUGACCUCCAAACGCCAGAUAUUUCUAUCAGAGGGAAGAAAAUGAUCUAUAAGUGAAGCAGACUUCUGGGAAUUAUUAGUAUUACCAUUUCAGCUUUCGGUUUCGCUCCUGUUCGGUUCCUGCACUGCAAAAACACAAAAUGUCACCCGUUGAUUUUGGUUGAGUUUCUACUGCAAAUGUCUGAGUAAAACUAACUUAUAGCUGCCUUUGUAGCUCAAUAUAAUUUAUUAAUAUUAAUGAAAAUGUACCUGUUCCAUUGGCAGAUAAUUUCACUGUUGAGAAAACAUUUUCCCCAUUUGAGUGAAAUAAGAGAAAUAAUCUUCUCAUCAGUUUUAAAACGAGUUCAUGUCCUGCUGAAAUUUUACUGAAGUCAGUUUUGUCUUUUCCUAAGUAGGGCUGAAACGAUUAAUCGUGAUAAAUUAUUUGAUUAUUGUAAUAAUUGAUCACAAUUAACCUGAUUAAUUGAAGUUAGUUUUCUUAUUUUUUACUCUGUAUUUUUGUACAAUUUCUACCAGACAAAAAGAAAGUGGCAAAUAUUUUAGUAAGCUUGAACUAAGAGAAACUCUGUAGCUUGUUUUAAGUCAGUUGUUUCUUAAUAUUAAUAAAAAAGUGUUGGUUUCACUGACAGAUGAUUUCACUCAUAGGAAGACAUUUUGAAAUGAUCCAGUACCUUUUCAUUGACAUUAAUGAUUUUUUUACUGAAGACAAGCUCAUAUCUUUCUGAAAUUUUACUUAAAUCAGUUUUGUUUUAUUUGAAAUGUUGCUGAAAUGAUCAAUCAUGAUUAAUCGAUUAUUGUAGUAAUCGAUUAAUCAUGAUUAAUCAAAUUAAUCAGUCGUUUUUGUUUUCUUUCUUACCAAAUAUUUUGUUUGGUUUCCAGUAUCUUGGUACAGCUGAAAUGGGACAAAACUGACGUAAAAAUAACUUUCCAUGAAGAUAUGAGAGCUUGUCUUCAAUCAAUCAAUCAAUCAUAUAGAUGGAAAAAUUGGCAGAUUAUUUCACUUUUUCCCAUGUUGUAAAUGAAAUAAUCCAUUGUUAUCAGUGAAUCAUUUACUGAAAACCAGCUGCUUUAUCUCUGUAAGCUCCAGUAGAAACCAGACCGACAUUAACUGGUGACUUUGUUUGUUUGCGGUGAGCUCCAGUUUUCUCCUCUUCAAAGGGCUCUGAGGACGGUUCUUUUAAGCACUUCUUCUAUUUAACUUAUUGUUUUGUAGUCAGUAAACAGGCUCCAGAUUGGCGCUGCAGUGUCUGAAGGGUUGAUCGGUUCUGGAUUUAUUUCUGGCAUUUCGACGCAGAAGCAUCACUUAGAUUUGUUUUUCUCUCCCACUUUCUUCAAAUAUAACUCAAUUGGCAUUUGUGCAGCGUUUGUGCCGCUAUGAUUUUAAAGACAUUAAUAAAUGAGGAGGUCAGAGGUCAAUCGGCCCCAACAUUUACAAAAUCAAACAGACUUUGUGUGCAGGGAAUAGUUUAUCAACUUAAUUUAUACCAAUUAUUUUUGGAUUUGUUUUUGGUCACAUUGGAAAACUUUUUAUUAAAUUAUAACAAACAUUUUUGCUGCACACAGUAUUUGUAUUUUGUUUGGUUUCCUUGAUGUGAACCAGCUGGUUGACCUUUCAUGACCUCUGGAAACAUUUAUUAAAAUCUUUAAACACUGUAAAAACACUAAAUCUUACCAAGUAGUUUUUUUCUCUAGUUUCUGGUGCAAAUUUCUUUAUGCUGUAAAAAAAAACAACUUUUGAGCUUGUUUUACAUUAAUAAUGCCUUGAUGUUGCUGAAAUGUUGAAGAUUAUUUAACUUAAAAGACAUUUUGAAAUAACCUGCCAGUCGAACCAGAACCUUUUCAUCAAUAUUGAGGAAUUAUCUUUAACCAAACCUUUACAUUUUGCUGAAAUGUUUGUUAGAAGUUAGUUUUGUCUUGUUUUAAAUGCAGUAAGAUAUUUGCUCUAGAAACUAAACCUAAAAUGCUUGGUGAGAUUUUGUUUUUGCAGUGCAACGUUUGUAGCUGAAGCAAUAAAACGACAGAUGGUGUUAUAUUCCUUUAGUCAAAAACUAAACCUGUUUGUUAAAAAUAGACACAUUUUCAGGUUUAACUGCAGAAAUGAAAUCUUUCCUCUGAUUCUUGGUCUAGUUUCUAGUACAAAUAUUAUUACAGUUGAAAUGAGACAAAUGAGAGGCAGAUUAUUCUACUUUUAACGAGACAUUUUCUCAGGUUACGGGUGAAAUAACGUAGCAGUGGAACUAGAACCUUUUCAUCAAUAUUAAGGAAUUAUUGACUUAAAUCAAGCUCCUAUAAAUAGCUGAAAAGUUAGUUGUUAAUUAGUUUUGUCUCAUUUCAGGUGUAUUAAUAUAUUUGCCAGAAACUAGAACAAAGAUGAUUUGGUAAUAUUUUGUUUUUGCAGUGAAAUAACAAAAAUGUUUGCAGCUCAAAUGUUUAAUUUGAAGAUGGGAGGGGAGGAUUAAUUUUUAUCGAGGUCGUUUCCAUGGUACCAGCCUCGUCCUGUUUUUAUUUUUUCUCCUGACGUUGAUCUCCGCCAUCUUUCUGCAGGAACUAAAAGCUAGGAUUUGUGAGUAAUUUAUGCAGAAGCUCAGGCAGGAGUUUCCAAAGUAAAAGAUAAAUAAAAAUGAAUAAUGCGAAUACUAAUGCUGCUGGCGCUGGCUGCUCAGACCAACGGCCCGCUGAUUGCUGUACUUGAAUGCUUUGCACAGAUCGAUGCUAACCACAUGAUUACUGUUCAGACUGAAUUAGACCUGCUGGGUGGUGAAGAGGAUGUGACGUCAUAGAGGUGGUGGCCACUUCCUGAUCUGUUUGGUUUACAUCUAAUAUGGUUUUUUUUCAAGCCCACUUUUUUUAUAAGAAAUGUACUGAUUUAUAAUAAAUAAAAACAGUGUUGAAUUUUUGA